AGUCCUUGACCGUUACAGAUUUUCACCGCAUACACUUGUCAAAGGCUCAAAUAUAUACUGUGUUUAAGAAUGGCGGAAAGCAUAGAAGUCUAUUACGAUGUCGUUUCACCCUACUCUUGGCUUGCUUUUGAAAUGGCUUGUCGUCUGAGGGAGGCUUGGCGAAUUUCCGUCAAAUUAAAGCCAUUCUUCCUCGGCGGUGUGAUGAAAGCGUCCGGCAACAAGCCGCCUGCUUUGGUCUCCCCAACUAAGGGAAUGCAUUUGCCAACCGACAUCGCCAGAUUAGCCAAGUUCUAUGGUAUUCCAAUAAAUCAUAACCCGGAAAAUUUCGUUAGAGUUGCAUUCAGUAAAGGAACUCUUGGAGCGAUGAGAUUCAUCACUGCUGUAGAUUUAUGUUGUCCCGAAAAAACUGAAGAGCUAUCCCGCCAACUAUGGAUCGCCUUUCACUCCCAGGGAAAGGACAUUACAGAAGAUUCUGUAAUUAGUGAGGCGGCUCGUAAAGCCGGAUUGACCGACAAGUGUAUUGAAGAGUCACUUGCCGACUCUAGGUCCGCUACCACUAAAAACCGAUUAGUUAGCUACACGCAAGAAGCAAUUGAAGGCGGUGCGUUCGGAGCUCCCUGGAUAGCUGUAACCGACCGUAGCGGAAAGAAACAUAUGGUUUUCGGUUCGGACAGAUGGGAAAUAAUCGCCGAUCUUUUGGGAAAAGACUACCCGGGGCCGUUAAGACACUUGUCGAAACUAUAAUUUCUGCCAUCAUUUCCUAAUAAUUUCCAAUGAUUUUACAAAUUUCUAUUCAUUUUAAAAGACAUAAAAAAAAAAGAAACCUACUUUUCG